UAUGCGGGGAGUGGAUUAUUUUAAUGAGACUCCGCCGUCUCGGACCGCCAGCAUUCUCAAUGCGGGUAAUCUCCAAAAGACUUUGCAAGGAUUAUUGAUCGAUGAUUGUUAUAAAAGCGAGUCGACGGAAUAGACCGGGCUACUUAGCGCACCAUGCUUCGACAGAAAGCACUUUUACCGUUCAUCUGCCUGCUGGCAUUCGCCGCGGCACUACCACCAGGAGCACCAUGGACGAACUUCAUACCUAAGCCUGUUUACUCACGAGCAUUAGGACCGAUGGGUCCAAUGGGCAUGGACACGAUAUCCGUGCCGUACAUGGCAAAGCCAUCGAUGUUCCCGAAGUUCGUUGAUCCGAAGACAAUGAUCUCCAAGAAGACGGACAUGCUGAGCAACUUAUUUGGCGGCUUGGGCCCGGUCGCGUACAAUCCAGCGGACGGGAAACCGAUUACGGUGCCGUACGGUGCCAGCGGGUCUCCCUACGACAACGUCGGCGUCGCGGACAACACGUUGUUCAGCACGAAACGCGACACGCUGCAGGUUGGCAAAGAGAAAACGUUCGACGGCAGCAGCGGCACGAUGUCCAAGCGCGGUAUGUUCGGCCCGUUCACGCCGAAAUUCGGCCCGAUGGCACCGAAAUUCGGUCCGAUAACGCCGUUCUCCUCAGCUGACAUGAUGGCCGAUUACGCGCCGGCGGGCAAGGAUUUCUUCUCUCGCAGGAGAAGAAGCGUAGUAGGAGCUCCUGCCGACUCGGCGCCGACCUUGGGUCUGGCUGCUCCGUCGUCGUUCCUAAAAGGCACAGAUUCGGCUGAAGGUGCAGCCGAUGCGACCGCAGUAGCUGGUGACGCGCCAAAGGAAUCCCUUCCGGGGAUGUUCGGACCUUUCGGAGGCCCUUUCGGAGGACCCUUCGCAGGACCUUUUGGAGGACCUGUCGGACCGAUGGUGGAUCCGAGCAUGAUGAUGACGAAGAAAACCACGUUCCUUGACACGUUGUUCAAGAGCCUUGCCACCAGCACCGCCGCUCCGCCGACGGCCACGGAUGUACCCGCGCCGAAGAGCACCAUCGUGCCACCCAGCUAUUGGAUGCCGUCUUCCAUUAUCCCCGACCCGAGCGAAUAUACGUCGAAGGUGUCGGACUUCUUGGACAAGCUGUUCGACAGCAUAAAGCUCAACACGACCGCGAAAGUGGCGGACGACAGCUCAGACAGUUCGGAGGCGAAGAGCGCCUUCAUGAUGAGAUCGUUGAAGCCAGACGACGCUGCUGCUGAGAGAACGGCGAGAGCCUCCCAAGACCUAUCGGCCAUCGAAACCGCCAAAGAUUCGGUCGUGGACGCGAUCUUGUCGGAGCUCGGCAACCUGAAGAGCGACAUGAUGGGAACUCUGAGCGACUUGAUCGCCUAUGAGAAGGCUUCCGCGGCUGCCAGCGCGGCUGCAGCGAAGAAGCCCUUCAAGCCCUUCGCCGGCAUCUUCCCGUCGAAGCCGACGGUGGAUCCUACGCUUCCAUUCCAGCAGAGGAUGACCGUACUGAGCCAGGUGUUCGACACGUUGAUAGACCUGCAGAGAAACAUCACCGCGGCCACGAACAACGCGAUGACGACCAACGCCAAUGCGGCGGACAAUUCCGAGGAGUCGACGCCGAAGAGCCCGUCGGCUGUUGGCGCCUCGUCGUUCAACGCCACUCUCUUGGACGCCGUCCUAAAGAAACUGUCCGCUGUCGUGACUCCAGCCCCGUAUGCAGCGAGUGACAUGAAGGUGGGUUCCGUCAUAACGAGCAGGGCCUUGUCUAAAGGACCGAUGUCCUUCUGGGUGUCUUAUCCGGAGAACGGCGCCACCGCGAAACGACAAGUGGACGAUUACUCGUACUUCGACAGGAACGACGACGAUGACCGCCGGAGGCAGUUCACAAGAGGCGUGAAGAUGCAGAUGCAUCAAGGAUACCAGAGCCUGCCUGCGGGUUCAGUGGAGUCUGUGCAAGCCGGAGGAGGCUCUACGCCGGGCCAUCAAGGAGGCGGGAUCAAAUUGCUGAUACAAAUGCCUAAAUCGCCUGACUCUCAAAGUAUUAAUUACACUUAAGUACACGGUGCGAAUGUCUAAAUUCAUGAAUAUCGCGGGCGUGUUCAUCUGUCGCAGGGGCCUAACGCUUACGGAAACUUAAACGACAAGUGGCUUGACUGGAUGCAGUAUCACAAGAACGCGUAUCAGGAUCAAGAGAAUCAUAGGCACCAUCAUAACCACCAUUAGGCCACUCAGCCAGCAGGACUAUCUCUCUUUUCUCCCGUUAUUAACAUUCUCACGUGAUUGGAUCCCGACGGGAAAUAUUCUUACAAAUGCCAAUUAUUGUUCCAAACGUGUAAAAACAAACGUGUGUGUGUACGAGGACGGUCGUUAUUACCAAUAAAAAUAUACUUGGCAACAGA